UAUAAACUAGUGCUACACCUCCGAUUGCCAUUAGUCGUUCCACGGAAGCUGGGAGAUAUACAUAGUUUUCAAAAUCGCAAUCAGUAUGAAGUUCAUUGCUGCCGUCUGCUUGAUGUUCGCCCUGGUGGCUGUGGCCCUCGGCCUCAAGGAUCCCAUCUGUGGACUGCCCGCUGGUGUUGAUGGCAAUGGUCUCAUCAAGUGUACCGCUUUUAUGCCAAGCUUCAGCUAUCAUCCCGAAUCCAAUUCGUGCGAAAAGUUCAUCUACGGCGGAUGUGGUGGCAAUGACAACCGAUUUGGAUCCCAGGAGCUCUGCGAACAGAAGUGCAAGGAAUAAAUUUGACCUCUAUGCUAUAUAAAAUAUUCAAUAAAUGAUUCUCGAUACGUAA